CUCUGCCCUCCCUCAGCAGCAUGAGCAGCCCCGAGCCACCCUCCAAGACCCCGGGGCCCGACGUCCCCACCUGGCAGACUCAGCCCACGUACAUCAACCUCGGUGAGGUCCGUGCCCACCUGCUGCCCUCCAAGGCUAGUCGCUCCCGGACGUCAGAGUCCCUCUCGGCCGACCCGCAGCCCGCGCCCCCGCCCCUGCCCAAGAAGACGUUGCUCAGGACGAAGUCCCUGCCCACCCACAGGGCCCCCAGCCCCGCGCCAGCAGACCAGCCUCGGAGGCCCCUUCUGGGGUCCUUCAGCGUGGACGAGAGCCAGGCGUGCGACGACAGGGCCCGGCCAGCCUGUCCCCCCGCGGAGCUGCCCUUCAGCUCGCUGGGCCUCUCGGUCCACGACCUGCAGUGCCCCGAGGCCGUGUGCGCCGAGCUGGAGGCCCGGCAGCUGGUGGGGCUCAGCGCCGUGCACGCCCGCCUCCGGGCCCGGCUGCUGGGGGGCCACCCGGGCCCCUGCCACACCCGCCACAGCUUCCGCCUGCUGGACCAUGUGCCCAGCGCAGACGGCGGGGACGCGCUUUACUACCGCGUGGUGCGCAGGGACGACGACACCUGGCACGUCCUGGCCGCCAAGGUGCCCAAGCCGGAAGCCGAGACGCCCAACCCGUGGGGCCUGGAGCUGCAGGCCUCGCUGGCUCCGCAUUUCAACCUCCAGGGCCUGUGUGGCCUGGCGCCCGAGGGCGCGGUGCUCAACGCGCCUUGGAGAGGCCCCGUGGCGCUGGCCGCCGAGGUGCCGGAGCGCACGGUGACCCAGUGGCUGGCGGAGGAGGGCGCGCAGCGGGGGCCGGCGGACUUGGCGUGGGCGGUGGCCCUGCUGCUGCUGCAGCUGAGCGCGGCCCUGGAGCACCUGGAGGCGCAGGGCGCCGCGCUGGCGGAGCUGCGGCCCGAGAACCUGCCCCCGCUGGGGCCCUGGCUGCGGGUGCGCCGCGCGCUGCUGCUCCUGCACCUGGCCGAGCGGGCCGCGGGCGGGGAGGUGCCCGGCCUGGAGGACUGGCUGUGCUGUGAAUACCUGGCCGAGGCCACCGAGGACUCGCUGGGCCGCGCCCUGGCGCUGCUGUGGGACUGACCCCUCCCGAGGGCGACGCGCCUGUUCCGAG